AUGGCCGCCCAUAUCAAGCCGCUGGUCCUGCACGCCCACGGGACGAGCCCGAAUCCAGCCAAGAUCGCCAUAGCACUCGAAGCACUCCAUAUCCCGUUCGAAGUGAAGCAGUGGGACUUCAGCGACGAUCCCAAGAGCGGCGUGAAGGGCACAGAGUACCUCAAAAUCAACGAGAACGGGCGCGUUCCUGCGAUCGAAGAUCCUAACACCGGUGUUGUCUCGUGGGAGUCAGGGGCAUGCAUGAACUACGUCCGCCGUGUGUAUGACAAUGGUAACGCGAUCGGUCCGUCGGGUGACUCGGCGCAAGAUCUGGUAGAUUUUGAAAAGUGGGAGUAUUUCCUGUUGUCGACGCUUGGUCCCAUGACCGGACAAACAAAUUGGUUUAAACACUAUAACUCACAAAAGAAUGAGGAUGCGCUCCAGCGGUACACGGCCCAGACCUAUCGCUGCUAUAAUGUUCUCGAGGGACAGUUGAAGAAGACUGGCGGUGAGAGCAUUUUACCCAGCCGUGUCACUGCCGUUGAUUAUCAUUUCGAGCCGUGGGUGCGUAUGUAUUCUUUCGCUGGUCUUUCCCUUGACAAUUACCCUAUGAUCAAGAAGUGGCUUGAGCUCAUGGCGACACGAGAAGAGGUCCAAGAAGGGUACAUCAAGAUUCAAGGUAAAAAGUGA